UUUGCACCGGUUUCUUACAAAUUCAGAAAUAGUCUCAAUAUUAGGUCUCGAUCUGGUCUUUCUUCCUAUGAUUUUCUUCUAUACAACAAUGCAAAAGUAGGCACAAAUGGUCAACUAACCAAGUUUACAACAUUGCAAUGCAAUUUGGAGUUGGACACCUCUUGUGACAUCUAAAUAUGAUCAUUGUCAACAACAUUGAAUGGAUCCCAGCAUUUCAGAAUUCGCUAUAUUUAGACGGGAUAAAACUCACGUGACUCAAUUGCACAUUUCAGUUUCUUUGCACAGUUUCUUUUUGUUACAGGUACUUCAAGAAAACAAAUGGUUCGAUCGGAGUUGCCACAUCCCUAAAACCUUGAGUCUUGAGCCACUUGAUCCUAACUUAAUACAUACAUUCAAAGAAGUCUUAUCAAAUAAGCCAGCAUCUGCAACAGCAUGUGGUGAUCUAACCAGCCAUCAGCUGUCUAAACUGGCAUGCAGUAGAUGGUUGACAGACGAAGUGGUUGAGAGUCUGGCCAAUCUUUUCAAUCGGUCUUCACAAGACUGCCUUUGCCUUGUCCUGUCAGAGUUUCACAAAUUCAGGUUGAGAGAAUCCAUAAUGUCAGCUCUUCAUGGAAGAAACACCAUUCGACUGAUUUUCCUCAUUGUGAAUGUACAAAUUGACGCAGUCACACAAACUGCUGUUGCAUCAAAUAAACUCAUGAGUGUAAAUCACUGGACUGUACUUGCUACUGAUGUGACCGCAAAAACUUCCUAUUACGGGGAUCCUUUGGGCUACCCUAUUCCCACUAACUUAUUGGUGGAAACAAAGGAAGCAUUUGCCCACCUUGGCAGUGCUCUAGAUCAACGAAUCGGGAUUUUUCAACAUGUAGCAGCCAUGCACAGGCCAUUGUUUGAUGCCAAUGGAAAGCAUAUAUGCUCAAGGCAGUGCUUGAAUUUUCCAGUGCAGACAUGCUCUUCACUGUGUGGUGUUAUUGCCUUCAUAUUUGCAGCUGUCGCAGCAUUUUGUCCAAGUGAUAUUUGGCAGUAUAUUUGUUCUCCACAAUUGUGCUUCCAUAAGGCAAGGCCAAAGCUCAGUUUGUAUUCUCACCUGAGUGCUUAUGCACACUACCUGAGAAAUGUCUUAGUAGUCUGGCUACUCAGUGAUAAAAUGAAUAUUCAAAACAUCGUAGACAAGUCUGUAUUUGAAGGUAGCAACUCUCUCCUACACACUACACCGAGCAGACAUAUUAGAAGUCACAGACUUAGCCUUACUUUGAAACAGACCACCAAAGUAGCAUGUUCAAGCACAAGUUACAUGUCAUCCCCAACUAUAGCCAACCAAAGUACAGCUACUACUCAUGUUGAGGCGACCAGUCUGAGUGAUAGUGAUUCUACGGCAAUCAAAAUGAACAGUACCAACAGUUCAAACAGAGAGGCAAAAAGUACUGUGUCCACUAACUCCACUGUUGUAGAUGAAGAAGCUAAGCUGAAUCCAACGAUCGAGACAAACAAUAGAAACAUUGCAAACAGACCGGCACACCAUAUCAGCGACAAAGAGGCUCUGCCAGCUCAUAUCAUUCCGGUAGACUAUGAAUACGUUAUUGAAAAUUAUGUCGAACACACCCCAGAGUCAUUUCUAGGUUCUGAAAAGCACAGUUUUACUUUGAGGGCAUGGACAAAUGUACACAAUCAGAGUGGUGCAGUGAAAUGGAUAGAAGACUUUCAAAACCUCUCCAAGACAAACUAUUGUAUCACAAGAGGCAGCCACAUAUCUGGUACCAAAAUCCUCUUCAAGACUAUCUGA